AUGCCCAUCACUACGCCAUUUCCGAAAAAGGUCAAUGUUAAUGUGGAGGAGGUGGUAGUCGUGACAACGCCGGAUGGAGCAGGGGAGGGCUCGGCUGCAGAGGUGGUGAAGACUGUGCUGGUGGCUACAGAGCUGACCCAGGCAGGGGAGGAACUUACAGAUGGAAGUGUGGAGUCAGAAACUGACACCACCAUCACUGUGACAAAGGAGGCAGUCCUAGUGAAGCUGUCAGAGGAGAUGGAUGUGGAAGCUGAUUUGGUCUACCCAAUCACUUGUGGGGAUGUGAAGGGCACCCUGGUCUGGAAGAAGUUUGUUUGCCCUGGCAUCAACAUCAAAUGUGUCCAAUUCAAUGAGCAUCUCAUCAGUCCCAAGGAAUUUGUCUAUCUGGCUGGGAAAUCUACAUUGAAGGACUGGAAGAGAGCCAUUCGCGUGAACGGCACUAUGAUCAGGAAAAUCAUGGACUCAGGCGAGUUGGAUUUCUACCAGCACUCCAAGGUGUGCUCCAACACCUGCCGCAGUACUAAGAUUGACCUGGUGGGGACUAGAGUGUCACUCAGCAGCCAGCAGGCCACCGACUAUGUUCCUGUCACUCCUUCCUUAUCUGACGUGAACGGAUCACCGGCCAUGUUUCCAACAGAGGUAUCAUCAGACGACACCACGGAAUGGGUCACGGCCAUAGGAGAGGAUUCUGUGACCUUCUGGAGGGGUCUGAAUGAGGCUGGGUUGCUGGAGGAAGUGGUGGAGGACUUCCAGAAGGAGAUUCAGGAGGUGCUAAAGGGAAUGCAGGAGCGCAUCACUGAGCCUCCCCUGCAGGUCAAUGAUGCUGUGCUGCUGAACAAUAUAGUGCAGAACUUCGGCAUGCUCGACUUGGUUAAGAAGGUGCUAGCCAGUCACAAGAGCCAGAUGGACCGACAUAGGGAGCAGUAUUCACGCAGUCUUGUCGCUCUGGAGCAGCAGUGUGACGAGCACAGGAAACGUGCCAAGGAGUUAAAGAGCAAAUCCCAACACCUCAACAACGUCCUCAUGACCCUAACUCCCGUGGCCGUGCCGUCCACGCCCAAACGCCCACGCCUCACCCGCGCUGUCUCAGGCCCUGCCGCUAUGUCCAGUGCCCCCACCCAGAUCACCCUGCCCCUCACCCAGCUGGCAGGCCUGCCUGCUGGGUGCAAAGUGCUCUCGGUGGGGGGAGCCGGUGCCGGCCAGCAGACCUACACGGUGCUGACCUCCCCCACGGGCGAGCUGGGGCCAGAUGCCUCCAAUCUGACUGUACUCUCCACGGCCGCCGCCGUUCAGGAGGGUGCACCCGCCACAUCAGCCUUCGUCAAGAUGGUCAGCUCAGGCUAUCAGCUGAUCACACUGCCUGCCGCGUUGAGCACCCAGCUACAGGGCCUGGCUGGGGGCACGGCCCAGGGCACCACUACCAUGAUGGCAGUACCUAUGGGUAACAACGCACUGCAGAGCACGGCGGCAGUGGUCACAGCGUUGGGGAGACGGGUGGAAGAUCAUGUGCAGGAGGGUGUAGCACCAGAGACUGAGGAGCAGGAGGUGAAGGAGACGGUGGAGAGUUAGAGAGAUGUACUCCUCCUAUAGUGUUAAAAACACGUUGGGGACUCCUCACUGGUUUGGAGUGCAAGUACUGGAACCAGUGCCUAGGUCUAGUGGUGUUGAACUAGGAAGGACCCAUAUCAGUAAAGAUGACUUAAAAUGCAUGCACUGCUCAUUUUACUCAAACCACCAGUGUGUGUGUAGAGGUGAAAAUGUCUGUGCAAAAUUGAGUUUGGAAUUCAUAAGUGUAUAUUUUUAUAACCAUGCAAGUAGAUGCCGACUCUGCUCAAAAGCAAUGUUCUUAGUUCUUCUCAGGUGUCCAUUUUCACUGGGGUGUAGGUGCCAUGUUCACAUUCUCUUUACAUUGUGCUAAAAAUGUAAAUUCUACAAUGCUCAUCUUUCAACAUCAGAAUGUUUUUCCAUUUCAACAUUUAAUAACUGUAUAUAACUUUUUGUUCAAUAUUACAAUGCAUUUUAUUAUAUAGUUAAUAUUUUUGAACAAAUGGAAAGUGAACAAACUGGUGGUUUUGUUGAACUUGUCAGUGUACUCUGUAAAUUAAUUGUAUAAAUUCUUAAAUCUAGCCAUUACUGGAAAACUUGAAGUAUUUGGCAUUUGUUUUUAUUUCUAAACCAGUUGUUCAAUUCACCAUGAAAUCAACUUUUAAUAGCUUUGUGUAACAUUUCUUCUGACCAGAAAAGGUGUUGUUGUGAAUUUCACCAGUCUUCUCAUGAACUUAAAUGACAUGGAUCAUGAAAGGGCAAAUCAAACGCAACCUUGAACAGUGAGUCCACAUGAUCAUGACCCUCGCUUGAUGGGCAAGCAUACAAGCUAGGCUACAUGACUGUUAAACUCUCCGUCUGGUCACGCUGCAAUGAAAUACUGUAGGUAAGCUUAAGUUUGUAUGUUGAUAUAUGGCCAUGUUUUUCUAUUUAAACUUAAACUUACUCAUGCUCGUUACACGCUCUGAAAGCUGUUAUUGUACUGCAUCGGUCUGUUACAAUAGCCAAUGUUUACUAUGCAUGUUUUCAGACCUGUCUCUAAUAUGCUACUAGCCCCACACCUUGAUAUCAGAACAUGCCGGUAGGGAGUGCUGAAGGGUUUAUUUUGCUUCUCCAGAUAUUCCUUUAUUUUCCUCUAACCCUACCACCACUAAUUGGAGUAAACUAAUGGACAACAACACCUAGGCUUCAACUUCCAGCUUAUACAUGUCCAGCUGACAUACUAUAUACAUUUUACGGACGCAGUAUUUUUAAGCAAUAAGGCCCGAGGAGGAGGAGUGGUAUAUGGCCAAUAUACCAUGUCUAAGGGCUGUUCUUAUGCACAACAAAACACGGAGUGCCUGGAUACAGGCCGUAUACUGGCCAUAUCACAAACCCCUGAGGUACCUUCAUGUAAUUUGAGCUGUAAAAUUAAAUGUUUUGUCAUACCCGUGGUAUACGGUCUGAUAUACCACGGCUGUCAACCAAUCAGCAUUCAGUGCUCGAACCACCAGUUUAGGAUUUACAAUAGUUAUCUUUUGUUUAUUCUUAGUCCCAUCCUUCAGCUCCCCUCAACCCCUCCCAUCUAUCUCUGAAGACCAAUCCAGUUGUGAUUUCUACUUGCCAUAUUUUUCAACUUUGCUGUUUCACAAAAGUUCUGAACCUAUAUGAAUUUUACGGAUAUAGUAUAUUUUACAUUUGUUUUCUUGUUAUCCAGAUACUCAUCUUUGGCCAGUGACUGCUGACAGGUGCACUUGGUUUUGGGUGCAUUAGAGCAAAUUAAAUCAGAUGGCAUCAACCGUGAAUAACCGUUCACUGUUGAGUUUGAUUUUCCCUUUUGUGAUGGGAACUUUAUGUUCAAAGUUCAAAACAUUUUGAUUGUAAUGCCAAUUUCAAGAAUCAAUCGGUGAACUUCAAAGACUACAACAGUUUAUUCAAUGUGAAUCAUUCCAGCUGACUCAUGAUUGUGAAUGCAAUGAAAGGCGCUGGCGCUCUCCAUGAUGCUGAAAUGCACCACGAGUCUAUCUGCAUUGGUACUCCACAAUGCCUAAUGCUCCACGCUGUCCUCUUGGCAUUGUAGGGCUACUCGUCCACAAGAUGGUGCUAGUCCAAUUUCACUCAUCAGCAUUCCAUUUAGUUGGGUGAUCGUUUCUUAAAAUCAUAUUGUUGAACAUCGAUUAUAAAUGAAACCACCAAAGGUCCUCAUCAUCCUCAUCAUCCUCUGUUUGCUAUGCUGCAGACCUGUAAGCCUGUUCUUCUCGUUUGUUGAAAUAUAGCAGUUGUCUCAGAACCACAAGUCUAAAAAAAAAAACAAUGUAUCAAAUGAGAUGAUCAACUUU